AUGUGGUUUUCGACUUUCAACCCGAUCAUAUAACAGCAAUGGCCCUUUGAGCUUAUAUGAAAGGAAAACUUAGCCGACAUUUUGAUUGACAAAAUUAGAAGUAAAACGCCAAAUAAUUGUUACCUUAAAACUAAUAGACUUUAUCGGUUGCACUCGCAAGUUGAACGGGAUAUGCAAAUGUUGUAACCAUUGGAUUAGAUUUAAUAUUUCCAAAUAUUGGAACUUAUGGUUUUGCCAUUAACUUAAACAUUCUAUAUCUCCAAAACCAAAAAGCAAAUCCUUUAAUGUAAAAAGGCCGUUUUCAGAAGGGUAGAAUCCAGAGCAAUGUCAAUUCUAUGAUUGCAUAACACAUAUAUAUAUUGCUCUGGAUUUCUCCAUUCUAAUCCAUUCUAAUAAUAACAAUAAUUUCAAUAACUCAAUCUUUUGAUUGUGUAUUACCCUAGGAUUGGAAUUGUUUUUCAGCUGAUUUUUCUAAGGUAAUGCAAUGGAGAAUCCUACACUAUACAAAAAAGCAUUCGAAUCUAGCAGCUCUAAACCGAAUGAACAGUUUGAUGCCGGUGGAAACAAGACCGAAGUCAUCGUAAAAAUCGAUGGUCAUAAUAGGGAUAAGGAAGAGAAUGGUGGUCGUGCUAUGUUGCGCAGCCCCAGCUACGAGUUUUGGAAGGAUAGUGGUGAUUAUGAGAGUCCUGUCAGAGGUGUAAUUGAUAAUGAAUGCGUUAAUAUGAACAAUAGGGUUUCAGAUUCGAAGCAAUCUUUUGAAAACAAUGACAACAGGUUCAAUAAAGGAUCCUCCUCCUCAUCAUCAGAUGACGAAGAUGAGCGAUUGUUACAAAAUCGACAUCAACAAAGACGAGUUCCAAGCAAUUUAAGCUACAUUCCUGAUAAUGAUGGUAAUGGUGAGGUUUUGAAAUGUACAUCGUUUCAAAGGAGAGCAAGCUUGGUAAGAACUAAAACUACACAAUCUAGAUUGAUGGAUCCACCAGACAUUCCAUAUUCGGGUCCUUAUCCUAAAUCAGGUGGCGGACACACACCCGGUUUACUAGCACGUGGCUCGGUGAGAUUUGAAAACGACGACGAGGAUGAGUCUUUAUAUUCUGACGAUAAUCCUGGUGAUUUAAAAAACAAUAAACUUGAUGCAUUAACAGUUAUUCAAUGGAUUAGUCUUUUUCUGAUCGUAGCAUCAUUGAUAUGCACCCUUAAAUUUCCAAAAUGGAAGCAAAGAUCAUUUAGGGGACUUUUCAUGUGGCAAUGGGAGCUUUUAAUCCUUGUUUUGAUAUGUGGAAGGGUGGUUUCCGGUUGGUGCGUUAGGAUAGCUGUUUUCUUCAUCGAAAGGAAUUUCCUUUUGCGAAAACGUGUCUUAUAUUUUGUCUAUGGAGUUCGGACCCCAGUUCAGAAUUGUAUAUGGUUAUUGUGGGUUUUAAUAGCUUGGAAUUCGAUAUUCAAUGAGACAGUUGCAGCCCUUCAUAUCCCUCUCCUUGAGGUCAUAAACAAGGUCAUGGUGUGUAUGCUUGUCGCGACGUCUUUGUGGCUAAUCAAAACUCUAAUAGUUAAAGUUCUUGCAUCUUCAUUCCAUGUGAACAAGUUCUUUGAUAGGAUUCAAGAUGCUUUGUUCAACCAAUAUGUAAUUGAGAUACUUUCCGGGCCCCCAUUGGUCGAGAUUUACAACAAUCAACUGGCAGAGAAGAGUAUGUCAAGGGCAUGGAAGAACGAUGGAACGGCUUCAGAAUUGGGGAGUUAUUCGUUUAGAGGAAAGGGGGCGAUUAGUGGGAGGAUAGGGAGUGGAAGGUUACAUGGGAAACAAGAUGGGAAAGAUCAAGGCAUAACUAUUGAUCAUUUGCAUCGGUUGAAUCAUGAGAACGUCUCGGCUUGGAACAUGAAAAGAUUGAUGAAAAUUAUUCGCCAUGGAUCAUUGACAACGUUAGAUGAGCAUAUACACGGUACAUACUAUGAUGAACUGGGAACAGAAAUCCGCAGUGAACAUGAAGCUAAACGUGCAGCUAGGAACAUUUUCAUGAACGUUACUAGGCGUCGAUCCAAGUUCAUAUAUUUGGAUGAUUUAAUGAGGUUUUUAAGAGAAGAUGAAGCUAUCAAGACAUUGUCUUUGUUGGUUGCAUCACCUGAUGAUGAAAGAGUAGGAAAGAGAGCUUUGAAGAAUUGGGUGGUUAAUGUUUUCCGAGAACGAAGAGCCCUUGCCUUGACACUCAAUGAUACGAAAACAGCUGUUAACAAGCUACACCGGAUGGUGAAUGUGUUGGUCACCCUUGUCAUUUUGAUCAUUUGCCUUGUGAUCCUAAACAUCGCGACUACUAAAGUCCUGGUUCUUAUAAGUUCUCAACUAGUCGUCGUCGCUUUUAUCUUUGGAAAUACUUGCAAAACCAUAUUCGAGUCCAUCAUCUUCUUGUUUGUGCUUCAUCCUUUCGACGUUGGGGAUCGUUGUGAGAUUGAUGGAACUCAGAUGAUUGUGGAAGAGAUGAAUAUUCUAAACACAAUUUUUCUUAGAGGAGACAAUCAAAAGAUUUAUUAUCCUAACAGCACUCUAUUGACAAGAUCAAUUGGCAACUUCUAUCGUAGUCCUGAUAUGACGGAUACAAUCGACUUUUUGAUCAAUGUCAAUACACCUUCAGACAAAAUCGCGACGAUUAAACAAAAAAUUUUCGACUAUGUUGAGAGCAAUAAAGAUCAUUGGUACUCUGACCCGAUUGUUCUGCCAAUGGACAUGUUUGAUGUAAACACUCAAAAGUUAUCGAUUUGGGUACAACAUAAAAUGAAUCAUCAAGACAUAACGGAAAGACUAACGCGAAGAGGCAAGAUCGUCGAGGAGAUGAUGCGAAUCUUUAAAGAUCUAGACAUGGAAUCGAAAACGUUACCGCUUGAUAUCAACAUCCGAAGCAUGCCAAUGCCGGUCGCGCCUGCUCGCGUUCCUUCCACGUGGGGGUCGACUAAUUAAGCAAGGAAACGAGUUCAAAUUUGAAGUCCUACCACGUCCAUCAAUAGCGAUGAGUUCAUCAUAUAGUCGGAUUAUAUGAAGUCGAGUGGAACUUAGCAUUACUAGCAGAAGUGAUUUGAAGAGUUUCAUAUAUAUAUGAUCAAUAUGGUAAAUGUGAUUAAUGAAAAAAUAGUUCGCCAUAUGCACGCACUCUUGUAAAUAUAGAUGAGUAAUAUGACGUCAAAAAAUGUGUCAUUAACAAUGUA